AUGCGUGUCUCUCUCGAGCUUUCGCUCUUCUCCUUUUUACUUCCCGCAGUCGUGGCCAGCAAGCCACGCUGCACCGAGUUCAAGCUCCCAAUCCACGUAUCCCUUUCCCUGCCCCAGUUUAAGGUGCCUCGGUUUGACAGCAGUUAUGAAUCAACCGCAUUCCUCGCUGCUUCGGUUUCGCGCACCGCGAAUCUGAGCGCCCUCGUCGCGGGACAAUCACAAAUCGAUCGAAGCUUUGGGAUUUAUUUCCGCUACUGUGAGCCGGAGAAGAGCAAGCAUCGUACCGACAUUCUGCAGAUUCUCUCCCAUGGUAUAGGAUUUGAUAAAUCUUAUUGGAGCUUUGACGGCGAGGAAUAUGACUACAUUGCCUCGGCAACUGCAGCCGGAUAUGCAACGCUGUCCUACGACCGACUCGGAGUCGGCCAGUCCGAGCAGGCUGAUCCGUACUUUGAGAUUCAAGUGUCGACGCAGGUCGCCAUCCUCGCUCAAGUGACCGAGCUCGUUCGGAAUGGACAACUGUGGCGUCGGGUGCCCGUACCAAAGAAAGUGGUGCACGUCGGCCACAGCUUCGGCUCCUUGAUCACCAACGGACUGGUUGCAGCGCAGCCUCAUCUGUCGGAUGGUAUCGUGCUGACUGGGUUCAGCCAUAAUACUUCCUACACGCCUCUUUUUGAAACAUGUCUGGGCUUUGAACUGGCACGCUCGAACAAUCCACGCCGAUUUCGCCAGCAUGACUCUGGCUACUUGACAUGGGGCAACGAAUAUGCCAACCAGUGCGCCUUCUACACGUAUCCGUUUUUUGAGCCAACUGUCCUCCAGCAGGCCGAGGCCAGCAAGGCUCCAUUCGCAAUCUCGGAACUUCUCUCGUUUGCGAGCGUCUCUUUGGCGGCGCCGAAUUUCACGAAUCCUGUGCUGAUGCUCUCUGGCCAGUUCGAUCUCCCAUUCUGCGGCGGAGAAUGUCAGGGGGUGCUGAAUGGACCAGCUUCUGUGUCCCCUUUCGUCUUUCCGAACGCCCACCCGUUUGUUUCCUAUGUUCAUCCGAACGCGGGCCAUUCCUUGAAUCUGCACCAUAACGCUUCGGCUGCAUAUGGGGUAAUUACCAGCUUCCUCCAGCAGCAAGGUCUCUGA